GCUCACUGCAGGCUUGGGGCUGAAGGGUUCACGCGCUCUUGUUGCUCCCCCUGCACGGUGUGACGCAUAGCCCGCUGUUUCCCUCGGGCCUCUUGGAUUACGGCGUUUGUCAGCUCGGAAACGAAGGUCUCUCCGCCAGUUUCGGAUUGGGAGAACAUGAAGGCACAGAACGAGCAAGUUAUCAGCCGAUGCAUGGCCAAGUUGUCCGAAGGUCGCAUCUCCCGCAAGGAGCGCGACCUCAACCACGAAGAGAUGCACUCGCUCCUCGGCAAGCUCAGGGAGCUCGUUCCCACCAUGCCUCGGAACAAGAAGCUCACCAAGCUGGAGAUCAUCCAGAACGUCAUCGACUACAUCCUCGACCUGGAGAUCGCCCUGGAAACGCACCCCGCAAACUGCUCUUCGCGCCCGUCGGCGUCCUCAACGAUUCCGGUGCGGCAACCUCUAGGCGUUCUUCCUCCCUCGGCCAAUUCGGCGCUCAACACAUGCUCGCUUAAGGAGGUGUCGAACACCGACAAAGCCACUAGUCACCUGGCCGAGCUCUUGUCGGCCGCGGUGUCGUCUCCCCGCCCUGUCUCAAGCUAAGACUCAUGCGGCGCUCGGACGAGCGUCUCCCCUCUAAGUUCGCUCGGGGCAUGCCUGCGAUGAUCGGUUCAUCAUUGAAAAGGCAGCCCUGGGCUUGUACCUGUAGCCGCAGAAGCGAAGAAAGAUAGCCACAGGCGAGCAGGUGCUGGUGUGGGCCUGGAUGGAAGCCUGCUGAUGCGGAAACAACACUGCAGAAAGCCGCCGUUUCAUUCUGAUACCACGUCGAGCCAUCAGAGCCGGGCGGAAUUUGCGUAGUGACAUCCUAGCCGAACCCAAUGGCCUUCCCGAGCUCGGUACGGACAAGUACGGCUUCGCAUCCCUUCCUGCCAAGUGCACCCGUGCUUGCACGAAGUCAGCCGACCCACUUGGAACUCCUGUGAAGCUGCAAUGACUCGCUUUACUGGUAGCGCCGCUUCUGACGUAUUUCGGGCGGAGUCAACGUCACACGGUGCGAGGAGUGCGCCACCAAGGCCCCGGAGAAACUACAACAGCCCAAGAAAAGCAGAGACCUCUAGUGCCGCACUUGAAAAGGCAGUGCGUAACGGUAACGACAGCAGCGAAGACAUCGCGUUGCAUGGGUUGCCUCAAAAGCAAUAAAAGGCCGAGUUUGUGCAAUGAAAA